AAUUAUUCACUGACUCCUCAGAUUGCCAACAACCUUAGAAUUUUCAUCUAGAUUAAGCAUAUGCAUGAUAUAUAUAUAGGCCAAGAAAAGGGGCCAAAAACCUUAGAAUUUUUAGUCUCUCUUUGCUCACUAAGAAUGUGUUCUGGAUCUCCAAACCCAGAAGCCCAAAAGAAGCAUUUUGUGCUGGUUCAUGGAGCUGGCCAUGGGGCAUGGUGUUGGUACAAGUUGUCAGCUCUGCUCAUCUCUGCAGGUCACCAUGUUACAGCUCUAGACCUAGCAGCAUCUGGAGACAACCCAAAACAGAUCAAUCAAGUCCAUUGCUUCGCGGACUAUGUUGAGCCGUUGAUUGAAUUCAUGGAGUCUCUCCCACCAGAGGAUAGGGUUAUCUUGGUGGGCCAUAGCAUGGGUGGAACCUCCAUAUCUAUUGCCAUGGAGAGGUUCCCUGAGAAAAUUUCUGUUGCUGUAUUUGCUACCGCUGUGAUGCCUGGCCUUACUUUGAGUUACUUGACCAUAGUUAAAGAGGUUGGUAGUAGAUUGGAAAUAAAGGAUUCUGAAUAUAGAUAUGAUAAAGGACCCAACAACCCUCCUACAUCGGCAAUUUUUGGUCCCGAACGUAUAACUUCAGUGUUGUACCAGCUCUCGCCCCCAGAGGACUUAGCACUGGCGUUGUCAUCGCUGAGAUAUUUCCCUCUCUUUGACGAGGAAAUAAAACUCACCAAGGAGAAAUAUGGGUUGGUUCGUAGAGUAUAUAUCGUGUGCGACCAAGACCUUGCCAUAGGGGAGGAUGUGCAACGGUGGAUGAUCAAGGAAAAUCCUCCACAUGAAGUCAAAGUGAUCAAUGGUUCUGAUCACAUGCCCAUGUUCUCCAAACCGCAGGAAUUCUUUUCCACCCUCCAAGAGAUUUUCUGAAAAAUAUUCCUAAACAUCGUAGGCACCCACCUGAUAAACUAUAGCUAUAGAUCGAUGCAGUCCAACCAAAGUCGUCUCCUACAACAUAUGUUUUCUGCGAAGCUUCUAGUGUACGCAGCAAUAUUGCUGUUGUUGCCACCCUUACCAAAAGAACGGUGAAGUUCAAAUGCCUUGUCAAAAUUUAUACAUGACUGUAUAAGCCAACUUUCCGGCAGCCAUGUGGGUCGCCUAACUCCUCUUGUCUCUCUGUAUCAGCCACUGAUAGGUUGGAAAGAAUACGCAAUAACCAUUUAUAAUGAAGUCAAAUUGUAGUAGUUACACACAAAAAAUCUAGCUAACAUAUUUUAAAUUUUAAAAA